AAAUAUUUCUUAUCACAACCCUUUUCUGUAGUAGAAGUAUUUAUUGGUUUUCCAUGAAAAUACGUUGUUCUAGCACAAAGAAUCUUUAAACAAUCUAAUUUUAUUGGUCUGAUUCUAUCUUAUUCUUGACUUCUUUCAUAUUUAGCAACUCUCAAAUUUUAACCUUUCGGUGACACUCUAGUAUCCGUUUCCUUUAUUGAGCCGAAACAAAUCUUAACUGAUUUCAUCUAAUUUAAUCGAAUUACAAUACUGAUCAAUCCGAUUUAAUAAAGGUAUUCAAAUUUGGAAGGUAAAAAAAAAAGUGUCAUAUUCAAUAAAUUUGGACAAAACUUAAAUAGUGCGCCAAAGUAUGCUAUUUGUUCAAAUCUCCCACUCUUUUGGGCCCAACAAGGUUUUAGUGUAAGAAAGCGUAUAAAAACGCUGUCGUAUACUCUGCUCUGCCGAAAUUCAGAGAGAGAGAGAUAGAGAGAGAGAGAGAUGGAUGAAGAAGAGCAUGAAGUUUAUGGUGGUGAAAUCCCCAUUGAAGGUGACAUGGAACCUCAUGGUGCUGACGUGGACAUGUCCACAGCUGAUGAUGAUGCUGUUAAGGAAUUGGAUGAGAUGAAGAAGAGAUUGAAGGAGAUGGAAGAUGAAGCUGCAGCUCUACGUGAGAUGCAGGCUAAGGUUGAGAAGGAGAUGGGUGCUGUCCAAGAUCCUGCAAGUGCAUCUGCUUCACAGGAAAACCGGGAGGAAGUUGAUUCACGAUCAAUAUUUGUUGGCAAUGUUGACUAUGCAUGUACUCCAGAGGAAGUUCAGCAGCAUUUCCAGGCAUGUGGCACUGUCAAUCGCGUUACCAUUCUUACUGAUAAGUUUGGCCAACCCAAAGGUUUUGCAUAUGUGGAAUUCAUUGAACAAGAAGCUGUCCAGGAGGCACUCCAGCUGAAUGAGUCUGAACUGCAUGGACGUCAGUUGAAGGUGAUGCCCAAAAGGACUAAUGUCCCAGGGAUGAAGCAGUUCCGCCCAGGGCGCUACAAUCAGUACUUAGGCUACAGGUCUAGAAGGCCGUAUCCACCUCCCUAUUUCUAUAAUCCAUAUGGCUACGGAAAAGUUCCAAGGUUCAGGAGGGCUACGCGAUUUAUGCCUUACUACUAAAAGAUGACAUAAGAUUGAUACCGAAGUAUGAUGAAUGCAGACAAUAAUAAAUCUAAUGAAAGACCAUCCUUUUAUCUAUUUUGUGUAUCAUCUAGUUUAGGUUGAGACAUUGUUGUAGCCUGUUUGCAUUAGUCUUUCGAAAACUUCUAGUAAUUAGUCUAUGCUACCUAUUUUCAUUUGAACUUGGUCAAAAUCUCUUGUAUUUGUAAACUAGAAUGAUCGAUCCCAUUGGAUGUUGAGAGGUUAUUUAGUUUACCAUAUUAACAACAAAGAUUAGUCACAA